CCUUUGAUCUCCUACGCAAGUCUUGUCACCGCGAAAGGCAUAAAUACUUGGCGGAGCGACGUGAGGACAGAGAGAAGUUGCGACGCCGUAGCAAGUGUACCUCCCAACUAAUAGGUUCUUCUACGACCCAGACCAGGCAUAUGAAGAUGACGAUGGUGUUGAGUGUGUUGGCGUCCUCUGCGGUAGUGUUGAUGUUACUGUGCUGUGUGACGGCGGCUCCAGCAGGCCAGUCCGCCAGCCAGCAGUACAGAUCCAAGAGGCUGGCAGAGGCGGACCUGUUCACCAUGCUGAAGAGCCUCCCUUCUGUCCAGUUCUCACCAUCGAAGGGAAAACGGCAGCCAGUGGUUGAUAUCUGGAAGAUGGUGAAGAGUGCGGCAGACCAGUCCUUGAAUAAAAAGCGCAGCGCGGACGGUUCUGGCGCCGUUGUUCAGCAGGAUGAUAACCGGGUGGUGGACUCUGCCAGGCCCGUGUCGGACAGCAGGACUGCCCAGCGGCUGGACCCGCUGGACUACAACUUCAUCUGGACGUCUGAAAACAAGGUCACAGACGUCCUGCAGAUCGGGGACCUGGUGGAGCUGAUGCUGAAUCAACACGUAGUAUUACCAUAGAAGAUCCGUAACCAAGAUGACGGUGGGCAUUACCAAGAGCAGCUGAUCUCGAGAUUGCCUGUAAAGUUUUUAUAAUCGUUGUUAUCAUAAAGGAAAGAAAAGGCGAAGUUGUAGCCGGCUAACACAUGGCCUGAUAGUCCCCACGAUGGACGACAAUACGUACAGAAGAUGCCAUGUAUAUAUCAAACUAUCUAUGUUCGACAUUGCCUCUAUGAACGUGCAGCAUUGUAAGUUAACAAAGAGAAAUAAAGUAUAUAUAUUGGCUUG